AUGCCUGAUGUUCGAUUCCUUUUGUCACUCGAGGUCGGUCGGAUGUAUGGGAGGAGACAACACGAAGUGAACUUGAACGUAUAUCUUAAAUACACACAUUUCCCGAAAAUAACGAACGGCGAUCUCCUUCCACGUGCCAAAUACCGGCCCGGCUCGUUCGUCCCUGAGGAGGCAACAGAGGCGGUAAAUAACUAUCCGCUCUCUCUCUAUCCCUCUCCCGCUCUCGUUGCCUUCCAUGCACUGUGUCUCGACGUUGUUCUCAAUUCUCUCAAUCUCAAUCUCUAUCCUGCUCACACCAAUCCUGCUCUAUACGUCGCUCGUAACACACGCGUUCCACUCGGUGGAGGACCUCUCAUUCCACCUGGUCCUGGUGCUAUUCUGCCUCCUUGUCUAAGGCACCAGCCCCAGUUGGCAUGGGCUGGCUACGAGACGACUGCCACAGAGAGGCGACACACUCAACACAGAGUGAUUCCACCUGAACCGAGCCUUGCCGAUUGUGGAUUCGAGAACAUCAACAUUGGGGCAGACACAGAGGCAUGCAAAGUGCUCGUUGAAGACUUUGCCUCUCCACAAGGUUUUGAUGAGUGGUUGGACACUCUUUAG